AUUAUAUACUAUACAUAUAUUAUAAAUAUUGUAUAAAUUCCAUAAAUAAAUAUAAUUAAAUUAUACCUCGAUGAGUAUAUUUUUUAAUUUUACUUUCACUAAAUAUGGAAUUAAUUGUGCAUAUACAUAUAUUUAAAAUAUUGUACAAAUUACAUAAAUUAUUAAUUUAAAAAAUAAGAAAAACAUAAACUACAUAAAAGUUUAAUUAUUAAACAAAAACUGUAAUUUCUAAAAUUAAAUUAAAGGAUUAUAAGAUUAAUUUCAUAUUAAAAUUAAUCAAAGGAAUGAUGAGACGAAUUUAUAAAGUCAAAAGUAUAAAAGGACCAAUUGAUUCUAAAAUAAUUCCGGUUUAUAUAAUCACAUUCUAAAAGAAAAAGGCUUGGCUUUCAGGCUUUGUUCCUACGAGCAAACCCAGUUCUCGCCCAGCAACCACAACCGCUUCUUCUUCUUCCUCCUCCUCUCAUUUUAUUUUUUCCAUUUAUAUCUUCCAAUACCUCCUUACCGCUAUUGAUUCCAUUCGAUUUCUUGAAUUCUGUUGGGGGAAAGAAGAAGAGAGCUUGUAGGGAGGGUAUCAAUUAGUAUUCACUAAUGGAGAAAUGGAUCUUUUUGUUGCUGUUGGUGAUUGUGUUUGGGAAGCUAACGUUCGUUGCCUUCUGCGCUAGGGUUCCGAUUUGUACUCCGAGGUCUGUUAAAGAUUACUACACCUUUGAGUUACGCGAUCCGACUUGUCCACUUUCUGACGAAUUACACGAGCGUCUUCCUUUUGUUGCCGUCACCGAGGGUGAUGAGCGUUGGUUGCAAACAGCUUUGGAUAUGAUUCACAAAAACAAGUGUAACUAUGUGGCUUUGCUCUUCUAUGCAUCAUGGUGUCCUUUCUCAAUCUCCUUUAGACCAAGCUUCCAUGUCAUCUCUUCUCUCUACUCCUCAAUUCCUCACUUUGCAAUAAAGGAAUCAUCCGUUAAGCCAAGCACCCUCUCUAAGUAUGGAGUUCAUGGGUUUCCUACUCUCUUGCUUGUGAAUUCAACAAUGAGGGCACGGUACCGAGGAACUAGAAUGCUUGAUUCUCUUGUUGCUUUCUACACCGAUGUUACCGGCAUUGAGACGCUGGAUAAGACUUCCAUCGAGAAAAGCGUACCAGUUCCUCAUCUUGGCAACGAAGACAAUACUGAGCCAGAGAACUGCCCUUUCACAUGGGCGAGAUCACCCGAGAAUAUGAUUCGCCAAGAGACCUGUUUGGCUCUUGCUGUCGCAUUCAUUCUGUUGAGAUUGCUCUAUUUGGUUUAUCCUGCACUCGUUGUGUUGAUGAAGUACACUUGGAGACGGAUUGCUCAUAACUUGAGACAGGAAAGCCCGUCGGGUUUCUCAGCCGAGCUGUACAACUAUGCAUGCAUCUUAUAGAGCCUUGCAAGAGGAGAAAUCUGCAGGGAGGAGCCAGCCAUGAACGCUAGAGCAUUGGCCUCCUAGUCUUUGGCCACUGUCUCAAUUGGGGAUUCAAGCUCAUCAAACAGAGUAAGUUCAGCUAGUUCUCAGUGACUUCAAAAUUCUAGAAAGAUAGCAAAUGUGGUCAGCUAAAAUGCUUGGCUGUAGCAGCCAUAUGUUACACCUUUUUAGGAUACAGUUUUGCCUCUUUCCUGUAUAAUCCAUAGCUGAACAGUUUGUACCAAAAGUGUAUCGAUGGCAAUAUUAUAAAAGUCAAUUCAUGAUGUUUCUGUCAAUA